GACAAUGUACCAGAGACUAUAGCAGAUCUACACCAAGCUGGUAUCAAGGUAUGGGUGCUCACUGGAGAUAAGAUAGAGACAGCCAUCAAUAUAGCGUAUAGUAGUAAACUACUCUAUCCUACAGUACUCAAUGAAGUGAUUACUUCUACUAAUCCACAUAGUAUACAUACAGCAUUGGAUGCCCUAGCACAGACUAUCCAGGGUGGCAGUAGGAAUGAAGAGGAAGAUGGAGGUGUAGUAGUAAGAAUACCUCUGGCACUAGAAUCAUCCAUCGAUCUAUGUGUCAAGGACAGCCUUACUCCUACUCCAUCAUCAUGGAUUACAGCAGUAGCCAUAACAAUAUCAGGAGAUAGUCUGGCUGUCGUACUUAAGGAUAGAGACCUUCGUAAGAAGUUCUUCAAGUUUGCCCUCAGCCAUUGUAUAACUAUUAUUGCUUGUCGAGUAUCACCCAAACAGAAGGCCCAGAUUGUGAAGUGGAGUGGUAGCUAUCUUCCAUCUAAUACGAUGUUGGCCAUAGGGGAUGGUGCCAAUGAUGUUGGUAUGAUAGUAUCAGCUGAUGUUGGGGUUGGUAUCAAUGGUAAAGAGGGAGCCCAAGCAGCAAGGUCAGCGGACUAUGCUAUACCACAAUUCCAUUGUCUACGCCGACUACUCUUCCUACAUGGACGAGAGAGCAUCCGCAAGAACUCUACCUUUAUCUAUUAUACUGUCUUCAAGAACGUAGCCUUCUCCCUACCAGCCUUCCUACUAGGCUUGGUAUCACAGUUCUCUGGUACUAGCCUCUAUGACCCUAUAUUGAAGCAAGGCUAUAAUGUCAUAUUCACGCUACUACCUAUACUACUGUACGUGUAUUCGAUAGACAGCUUCCUACUCUAUCACACCUAA